CAGUCCAUUAGGAGGCAGCACUGAUCCAUUUCUCCAGUCCAGCAACAGGAGGAAAAUCCACCAACCACAACACUACAGCAGCAGCAACAGAUCAACGGAGUCUCUACAAACUCUUAUUUGAUGUAAGGUCUGGACGGGUCAGUAUCAGUCAGGGUUUUAGGAUGGAGGUGGCUCCACCCGGUCGUGAUCCCGAAGCCUCUGUAAGCAGAAGCGGUAAAGCCGAUGCUGAGGAGGAAGGGGAGGAGGAGGAGGAGGUGGUGCACACGGCCAUGCUGUGGUCCAUUCAGGAGGCAGUGGAGAGGCAGACCCUUCAGAUCGGGGUCUCGGCCUGCGGAGCUACAGCUGUGGUGGACGUGCUUCAGGCUCUGGGGAUUACUGUAGCUCCAGAGACGGCCGACCACUGCGUUCGGACCAGACUGAGGAGAAACGAUUCCCCACUGCCUGAUUACCUUCACUCACGCAGCAACGCUGGUGCCACCCACCACCAGCUGAUAGAAGGGGCAGAGCAGGCGAGUGGAGGUCGAGUGCUUGGGAGGUUCUUUGGUUUUUACCCAGCGAGGCGGGUAAAGCUGGUACCCUGGCUGGCGCGCUGGAUCAGGAGAGGAGCUGUGCCUGUAGCCACCAUGAACAUGCAGCGGGGAGUAGCAGAGGGGGAGGAAAUCCCUGAUGCCUGGCAUCACCAGCUGAUCUUCGGGGUGGCACCCAAUGCUGUGUUCAUGACUAAUCCUCUGGAUGUGGCUGGUGAAGAAGACGUUCAUGUACGUCUGUGCAGUGAAUCUGUGCUGCUGAUCCGCCGUGAAGACGUCUUAAACAGGCUAACGCUGGACUGCCCACUCUCACUGAUCUCAGAUCAGCAGGCUGACCCCCGCUGGAAAACCAUCAAUGUUGAAGGUCAAGUUAAGCAGAUGAUAAAUGAAGAAGACCACAGUGAUCAGGACCAUCCAAAAACGACGCACAUAACCAUCCCCGCAGCGUACAGCUCUGGAAUCACGCUCUUCACUCUCAGAGACUCUGCAGUUGGUCAGGAGCUGCUCGGUGCUCCAGAGCUGCCUGUGUUAUAGUCAGCAGUUCACUAUGAUCUGCAUCGUGUCUGGACUUGUCCUUCAUGCAGCUCGUUGCUGUGCUUCUUAUAGAUGAUGUGCAAUUGAAGUUUUGUGUCAGUAUUUUAAUCUGUACGAAAACGAUUAGCGAGAUUUUUAACACUGUAUUCUCUGGCAGACUGGUAAAAGGUGGAAGUUUUGGCGUGUUGCACUUGUGUAAACUUGUCCACUCUGCUGUUGUGAAGAACAUCAUACUUUUAGAUGUGUAAAACUGAUUUAUUUAUAUAAAUUAAAAGCCUGGAAAUCAGUGUACUGAAGGGAUAUGGCAACACAGUGCACUGGUUUUCAGUUCUACCUGUGUGAAUGCAUCUUAAAUAUUUUUAUCUUAUUAUUAGGGGUGUAACUUUGCAGAAAAUUCACGGUUUGGUUCACACCUCGGUAUAAACCCCACGGUGCAGUAUGUUUUCAAUACGUUUUCGGUACGGUUGGUGGAAAAAAACAAUUUCAUAACAAUGAAUCUUCAUUAUAACCAUGUUUAGUUUUUGGGAUGGAAUAUUGUAACAGGGCUCGAGCUCUUUUAUUAAAUGCUUAAAACCA